GCUGCGAGCCAGGGAAUGGUGUUCCGAACCUUUGACCACAUGGCACGUCAGGACGAUGAGAAGAGGAGGAGGGAGCUGGAGGAGAAGAUGCGGGGCGAGGCCGAGGCCCAGCCCACAGCGGAGGCGAGCGCGGAGGCCCCGGGCCAGCAAGUCACCCUACGGGACGAGGCCCCAGGCCAGCAGGCCGCCCCGCGGGAGGAGGCCUCGGGCCAGCAAGUCGCCCUGCGGGAGGAGGCCCCAGGCUCCAGGGAGGACGCUGAGCUGACGGAUGCUGCCGCAGGACUUGCCGAGGCCCCGAUGGGCCCCCCAGCGCUUCCCAAGGGACAGGAGCAGUUCCAGAGGGACCCCGACAGCUAUAACGGCGCUGUGCGUGAGAACUACGCCUGGUCCCAGGACUACACCGACCUGGAGCUCAAGGUGCCGGUGCCCGGGCACGUGGUGAAGGGCAGGCAGGUCUCGGUGGCCCUCAGCAGCAGCUCCAUCCGGGUGGCCGUGCUGGAGGAAACCGGGGAGCGUGUCCUGGUGGAAGGGAAGUUCACCCACAAGGUCAACACCGAGGGCUCUGUCUGGAGCCUGGAGCCUGGGAAGUGCGUUCUGGUGAGCCUGAGCAAGGCGGGCGAGUACUGGUGGAGCGCGGCGCUGGAGGGCGAGGAGCACAUCGACAUCGACCGCAUCAACAAGGAGCGCUCCAUGGCCACCGUGGACGACGAGGAGCACGCCGUGCUGGACAGGCUCACCUUCGACUACCACCAGAAGCUGCAGGGCCGGCCGCAGAGCCACGAGCUGAAAGUCCACGAGAUGCUGAAGAAGGGGUGGGACGCUGAAGGCUCUCCCUUCCGAGGCCAGCGGUUCGACCCCGCCAUGUUCAACAUCUCCCCGGGGGCGGUGCAGUUUUAGUGACCAGGAGAGGACGCCCUCGCCGGGGCAGCUGGGGCCUGGCCGGGCCCUCUGCCGGGACUCGCCGUCUGGCGCCUGAGCCAUCCCUUCCCUGGGCGCGCCGCGCACCCUGCCCCCGGCGGCAGACUGUUCCCGGGCAGGGCUGCGUGGGCCGCGGGGCGGCCGGAGGGCGGAGGCGGCGGGCGCUCCAGCCGCCCUCCCGCUUGCUGCUGCGUGUGCCCUGCUUGCGUUCUUGUGCUGGCGCGGUCUGGGCGGACGUGUGCAGGCCUGGCGUCCUGGGCGGCCUGGGGACUCGGCCUGACCUUGCUGGGCGCUCCCUGCAGUCUCGCUUGUUUGUAACGUCAGCCGCUGGCCUCAGCCUUCGUGGAACAGCGGACACUGAGGUCCCGGUUGCUGGUUCCCUGUGCUAGAAGACAGUCCUGUGGCUGCCCGCGCAGCAGGACCUCUGGCCAGGCCGACCCGCUCCCACCCUGCCCGGCGCUUUCCUCUCGUGGGGCCUGGCCUGGUGGGUGAGCUGGUGGAGCAGCCUCAGGAGACCACGGCCGUCAGCCGCCCCAGGCUGCGUCGCAGGAGCCCAGACCGUGCGACCGUGCCCUCAGCUCUGCCCUCAGGCCGAGCUCGUGCCAUUGCUGCAGGCUGUGCCCAUCGCCAGGAGCCUCCCUCGCAGGCCCUGCCCACUGGGCUGGGGGUCGAGGACCCUGCCUGGGAGGCGGUCCUCCAGGAGCCGUCCACCGGCAGCCACAGGGUGGGCUGGUUCGUGGGUCACACAGGCAGGUUUCUGCUCCCCGGCGGCUUCUCUGGGUCCCUGGGAAGCGUUCAGUGGCUCUGACACUGCCACGGGAGCCUGGACACCGUGGCUGCGGGCGCACCCAAAGGGGCACGAGGCUGGUCCGCAGUCGUCACAGUGGUUGGUUCUGGACCUUCCGAGACCCCUCUGCAGGCUCCCAGGUCUCAUGCGUGUGUCUGUGUGUCUGCCUCCCUCCCGCCCCCCCGGGCAUCUCCCGGAGUGACGAGGUGGGGUGUGGUGUGGCGCCUCAGCAAUCUGGGAGACCCUGGGCCUCCGCGGUCUGCUGCCUGCCUUCUGCCGGUUUUAUGCGCGUCUCCCCACCCCGCUCACCAGGACAGCGGUGCCGCGGUGGCUGGGAGCAGCUGGGGGCGUCGGCUGAUGGAGCUGUCGGGCGCCCCGUGCCUCGCGGGCAUCCUCUGCCCCUCCUGCGGCUGGGCCUGGAGUUGCCGCUCCUGCCUGUUUUCUCUCUGCAGACGCGGCAGCAGCAGCGGACCAGCCACUGAGCUCGUCAGCGAGGCCUGAAGAGAGCGAGGCCGCCCCGUCCGCGUGUGGGUUUGCAAUAAAUCUGUAUUUAAGCGCUUCUGCGUUGUGACGUUC